CUACAUUAUCUUUAGAAGGAAUUAUGGGCCCAAAGUCCAAGCCCACUGUAGAAUUUGUAGGCAACCCAAAUUCAGCCCAUGGUAACAUUAAAUUAGGUCCUCGCAAACCCUAGCUUCAAAUCCUUCGUCUUCCUAUCGAUUACGACAGAGAUCGGAUUUCACUCUCUCCUCUGUGCUUUUCCGUUCAGAGAUGGCGAAGUCGAAGAAUCACACAGCUCACAAUCAAUCCUACAAAGCCCAUAAGAACGGUAUCAAGAAACCAAGGAAGCACCGCCACACUUCCACCAAAGGGAUGGAUCCGAAAUUCCUUAGGAACCAGAGGUACGCGAAGAAACACAAUAACAAGAGUGGGGAAAAUGCUUCUGGGGAAGAGUAAAGUAGAACUCUAUGUAGCCGACAUGUUUAGGGUUUUUAUGAUAUGAGAUUGUCUUGUAUGGAAUCUUUUGGUAUCGCACUUGUUUUUGUUUAGUAGCCUUGCUAUUUUUGACUCAAUGUGGAAACUGUUUCUUCUGAGAUCUGAUUUACAUCAAUAUAUUAUCUGAUUUCCCA